UGCUGCUGCUGUGGCUGCUGUGGACAGCAGUAAACAAUGAAUGGUGCAAGUAGAUCAAAUAGUGUUCAAUUAUUGUUUUUAAUAUAACUAUUAUGUGGUGUGCUUGUUGCCGUCUGUGGCGCGCAACAUGAAACGCUGCAUAAGGCAACGAAAACAAAAACAAAAUAACAAGGCCAGCAACAACAACAGCAACAACAAAAACAACCCAAAAAUCGCGCAAAUUCAUAUGUACAGACAAGAAGCAAAAAGAAGAAUAACAAGAAAUAUUGCAUCAAAAUACACGGCAAAUAUUCGCGUGGUGAGCGCAAAGUGUGUGCAGGAAAAAAAACAAUAACAAUCAAAAUUACGUGGCUGUUGCUACUUAGUUAAAUACCCAAACAACCAGCCGUACUGUACAUGCCCUUCGUCGUCGCCCCCACGCCAUCACUUUUAACAUAACUGUGCAUAGCAAAGGAGUAGCAGCAGCAGAAAUAACAACACCACCAACACCAACAGGAAGAAGAAGAGCUGCAACCACCGAAAUGUCGUCGCUCAAGGUUGCCGUAAGGGUUCGCCCCUUCAACUCACGCGAAAACGAUAUGGACGCCCAGCUGAUUGUCGAAAUGGAGGGCAAGAAGACGCGCCUGCUCAAACCCCGCUUGCAGUCCAUACGCGAUGGAGGUCGCGAGGCUCAUCACGAUUUCACCUUCGACUAUUCGUACUGGUCAUUCGAUGCUGAGGAUUCACAUUUCGCCACACAGGAGCAGGUGUACAGCGAUCUGGGCAACGAUGUGGUCGACUGCGCCUACGAAGGUUACAAUGCCUGCGUCUUUGCCUAUGGACAGACGGGCUCGGGCAAGACGUUCACAAUGAUGGGCACGCCGAACAAUCCGGGCCUGAUACCGCGCAUUUGCGAGGAGCUCUUCACGCGCAUGCGCGUUGGCCAGGAGUCGGGCACAGGAUAUCGUACGCACGCCAGCUAUCUGGAGAUUUAUAACGAGCGGGUGAAAGAUCUGCUGGCGCCACAGAGCACAGGACAUGCGCUUCGCGUGCGCGAGCAUCGCAGCUUGGGUCCAUACGUGGAGAAUUUGUCACAGCAUGCGGUCUCUGACUUUGAAGAGAUACAGGAAUGCAUUGCGCGAGGCAAUGCGCAUCGCACCACGGCCAGCACCAACAUGAAUGACACGAGCAGUCGCAGUCACGCCAUCUUCACGAUUACGUUUGUGCAGGCAGUCUUCAUGAAUGACAUGCCAAGCGAAACAGUCUCAAAAAUCCACCUGGUCGACUUGGCUGGCAGUGAGCGCGCCAAUGCAACGGGCGCAACGGGUCAACGCCUGAAGGAGGGCGCUCACAUCAACAAAUCGCUUGUGACGCUGGGCAGUGUCAUCUCAGCAUUGGCGGAACAAACGAGCGCUGGCAGCGCACAUAAUGCGACCUCACUGGCCACCACACCGAACGGCGGCACCCAGCGCGUGCUGUACAUUCCGUAUCGCGACUCCAUACUCACCUGGCUGCUCAAGGACAGUCUGGGCGGCAACAGCAAGACAAUCAUGAUAGCGGCGCUGUCGCCGGCGGACUGCAAUUACAGCGAAACGCUGAGCACACUGCGAUACGCGAAUCGCGCCAAGAACAUCAUCAACAAGCCCACAGUUAAUGAGGAUGCCAAUGUGAAGCUAAUACGCGAGCUGCGCGAGGAAAUAAACAAGCUAAAAUCCAUGCUGACGGGCGAUAUUCACUCGUUGCAGCCCUCGCUCAAAGUACUGGCCGAUCUGCAAAAGAAGGAGGCGCAGGAGAAAGUGCUUACCGAAGAGUGGACAGAGAAAUGGAAGGUGGCCCAGUCCAUAUUGCAGGAGCAAAAAAGUCUGGGUCUGCGCAAAUCCGGCGUGGGCGUUGUUCUCGACUCGGAAAUACCGCAUUUAAUUGGCAUACACAAUGAUGUGACGACCGGCGUCACACUGUACAGCUUAAAGGAGGGCGAAACGCGCAUUGGCACUGAGGAUGCGGAGCUGGCGCAGCACAUUGAGCUGGUGGGCGAUGGCAUACGACCGCAGCACUGCAGCAUUAUUCUCAAGGGUGGCGUUGCCACGCUGCAUCCCCGCCCGCAGGCCCAGUGCUGGGUGAAUGCGCAUCUCAUAGACGAGCCUAGGCAGAUCUCACAGGGUGAUAUCAUAUUGCUGGGACGCACCAACAUUUUUCGCUUCAACAAUCCCACCGAGGCAGAAAAGCUGCGCAAAGACUUGCAUCGCUCACAAUUGGAUAUGUCGCGUCUGUCUUUGAUAACCUCGUCGCGGGAGAACCUGCUCACAUGCAGCACCUACUUGGACGAGGAUGCCAUGACAGGCAGCACCUCGUCGCCCUAUAAACGAUCCGAUCGCCAGUAUUAUCCACAGCGCCCCACGUCACGCGAUGAUCCCGAACUGCAGGAUGAAAACCGCAAAAUACUUGAUACCAUUGAGAAUGCACUCAAGCAGCUGAAUGUGGAGCGCGUUCAGAUGCACGACCAAUACAAGACGAAGGUGCGAAAGCUAACCGAGGAACUCAAGCGCCUCGAGCUGGAGAAAAUGGAUGGCAUGCAGUUAUUGAAAUGUCGCGAACAGGAGCUGCUUGCCCGCAAGGAUAUGCUGCUGUGGGAAAAGAAUAACGAGAAAGUUCAGAUCGACAUUGUGUGUAGACAAAUAUCAGCGUUUCAAACGCAGCUCGACUCAAAGAAACGCGAUUUCUCAGAGUAUGUAGCCAAAGAAUUGCAGGAGCUGCAUGAUUGUGGCAAACUUGACGAGAUGGGUGUAAAGAUUGAGGAGGGAACUCCGCUAAAUGAUGAGCUGCUGCUGCACGUCUCCGACUCGCUAGAUUUGUUUGCAGCGCAGUUUAUCAAGGAUACGGUACGAAGAAAUAAUGAGGAGAUCCGCAGGCUGGACGAGCAAAUAGCCGAAAAGGAGCGCAUACUCAAUGCCAGCACCACUAAAAUAGCCAAAGUUGAUGAGACCAUGCUGGAAAUACAGGGGCAAUUGGAGCGUUUGCGCCAGGAGCGUGCUGAAAGCGAGAAGGAGUCCCAGGCGAUGAGGGUCAAAAAACAGGGCAUGCAAUUGCAGAUACCAAGUGCAAAUGAUACGGACGAUGUGUCCAAAUCGGACACUUAUGAAACCUGUGAUACCUUUCAUACGGCACACUCGGAUUUCUCGCUCUUGUCAUCGCCUACCAUAACAGAGGGUCAGCAGUCGCCGCUGAGCAAUUUCUCGUGCGAGGCAGAAGACGAGGCUGAGGAUACGCGCAAGGAUGACUUCUCAGGCAGCAGCGAGGAUACAUCGCGCACCUGCACUGCCGGUCCCAGCAGUGGCAGUGGCAACACUUCAAUGGCGCCCAGCUCGCAGGCAAUCAUGAGCGACAGCGGCGUAUGCCUGGACAGUCGAAAUCAGGCGCUGCUCCAAAACGGUGCUGGCGGCAAUUAUAGACAGACCACGCGCACCAGCGACGAGGAGACGGGCUCCUGUUCGUCUUGUGAGCUGGGACGCAACUCGGGCAUGACGCGCGCCUACUGUCCAUUGCAUGCGCAGCGUCGCAAAAUUGCCGCUCAGAAGGCUUUAAUUAUGAAAAAUCUAGAAACAGAUCUUAACAAAGUUCAGCUUGAUGAGCAAAUUGCGGUUCUGCAGGACCUUCAGCGAAGCUACAUACAUAUGGAACAGGAAAUGCUGCAAACGGUACAGGAUCUUGAAUCUCAUACGCAGUGUUGUGCGGAUGAACGUGCUGGCAUGGAAAGGCAGUACGAGCUGGCCAGCUCUAUAAUGCGCUCCAGUGCGAUGAGUCCAACCAGCAUGGAGGAGUCCACCUCGCAAAUCUAUUCGCCCAGCAUGACAAGAUCGUGCCCAUCCAUGAGGGAAUUUCCUGAAGGCGAGCAUUUCAUCACCAUACCAAGUUUUGUGAUGCGCGGAGCUGGCAAGCAGACGCACUACGAGUACGAGGUGCGAAUCGCACUGCCCGAUGGCAAGCUAAACAUUUUGCGCCGAUAUAGUCGCUUUCGUGAGCUGCACUUGUGCAUGAAGCACUGCUAUGGUGCCAAGAUCUCUGCUUUGCCUUUCCCACGCCGGGAACUCUUUGCCUCAAAUAGUGAGCCGGUGGCAAAGCAUCGUCGCCGUUUGCUAGAGCUCUAUUUGCGUCGCCUGUUCGUCGUUUGCUCAAAAAUUCCACAGUGUCCAAUUUAUGAUGGACCCGGGGGGCCUGGCCUCACGCGUGCCUCGCUUGUUCAGCUGUCGUCUUUUUUCAAGAAGGGCCUGUUCGAGAACGGAAAGCACGGGACGGGAUAAUAGUUAACCUACUGCUGAAUUAUCUCCUGCCUACAGUGUGUCUAUUUAUUUAUUUGUAUUAUCUGCUUAGCUAUAUGACCAACAACAUGGACCUGUUUUAAGUAGCUAGCCCAAGUUAUCCAUAGAAUUUAAACUCAAUUAUGUAACUAUAUGUAAGUGCUUGUUUGUACUAUUUAUGUAUGUAUAUAAGACCACCAGUGUCCUUCCAAUAUGUUAUUACUUUUAUACCAAUAGUAAUAUAUACAUACAUAACUGUAUAAACAUUAAUAAUCACUGUAUGGAGCUUUACCUUAAACCGAUUGUAAAUCUAACUGCCAAUGGCAUUCUUGUAUUGUAUAUAUAUACGUGCACAUAUUGACUUCCCAAUGGUUGAGAUUUAUUUAUACGUUUUGUUGGUUUGUUUACAAACAGCUUGCGCCAGAAAUUGAUAUGUGGCGUAUUUUAAAAUAGCUAAUUUUUGCUCUAGUUAAAUAUUUUAUACUUAUAUUGUGUGUACGUGGAACUUCCAUAAGUUAUUCCAGUUAUUCAGUCUGUGAUUAUCUAAUGAAAGUUAUAUGACAAAAAUCUAAAUCCAAACAAAUUACGUAACUGAACAUUUCACGAGAAUAUAAAAGUCCAACUAAAACCUGUAUAUGUUAACCGUAAGCUAGAUAUAAACAUAAUUGAACACUGAUGGGUCAUGGGUAGGCAGAUGUUUAGCAGUAGGUGAUAAGCAAUAUAUAGUUUCUAAGUAACCAUAAGUUGAUCGUCGCAAUUACAAUACACUAAUUAUGAGUACAACUAACCGCAAAAACAUUAAAUGUUAAUUAUAUAAGGCUUAGAAUAAGCACUUUACCCUAAUGAGAAUUGAUCGUUAAAGUUGCUCGAUUGCAAUUACGGAAACAAUAAUAUAGUCUAAAUGUUACAAUAAAUUCAUAUAUAUAUA